AUGGGAAGUACAAGCAAAGACCUUCUGCAAUUGGAGCACAAGAAGGCCUUAACUUCACCCAUUGAAUCCACACUACUUGUUUGUAAAAAUGACUCACAGGCUUGUCAAACAAAGAAGGCUCAACCUGAAGGGAAACCCAUCGGUGUUCCUGUUAUCAAAAGCCAAGUUUUGGGAAAAAUAAGGGAUUUCUUGGGAGUCAUAUCAGAAGCUAAUGAAAGAUUAGAAAAGGAUGCAAAGGAUAAUUCAAAAAACUAUGAUAUUGAAGCGCUCACUGGAAAUGAAUCUCAAGUCAUUGAAAUGGAUUUAAUGCUGGGUGUUGCUGAUCUUCAAACUCCCGAGGCUGUGGCUGCUGCGGAAUCUGCUAUUUCUGGUUAUCAGCCUGUUAUACCAUUGGCCGUCAGCAGUAGUGAAGAGGAGUCACAGGAUAGCAGUAACAACGAUAGUAGCGGUGAUGAGGAUGAGGAUGAUAGUAGCAGUGAAGAGGAUGAAAGUGAUGGUGAGGAUAAGAAAACAUCCUCUCCUGUCAAACUCAAAACACCCAAGUCGGACAAAGAUGAUUCGAGUGAUGUUCGUAACACCCGGUCCAAAAAGCGGCCAAAAAUUGUUGAGCUUCCUUGA